AUGCUGAUUAUUCUGACCACAAUCCCAGGAGUCACUGGUGUGCUGCUGGUCCUCAUCCUCUUCCUGAUGUUCAUAUCCUCCUCCUACUGUGUACGCAUGUCCAACUAUGAGAUCUUCUGGUACACACACAACCUCUUCAUUGUUUUCUACGUCAUCCUGAUGAUACACAUGGUUGGUGGAGCUCUAAAGUAUCAGACCAACAUAGAGGCACACCCCCCUGGUUGCUUCAGAGCCAACCAGAGCAGCACCGAGCAGCAGGGAGAUGAACUGGACACGAGUGAAGAAGAGGAGAGGCGAUGCAACGAGGACGCUCGCUUCCAGCCACAUUAUCCCCAGACGUGGCUGUGGGUGUCUGGUCCUCUCUGUCUCUACUGUGUGGAGCGUUUCUACCGCUACAUCCAGAGCCGUGACCCUGUUACCAUAGUGACAGUCAUCAGGCACCCUUGUGAUGUCGUGGAGUUGCGCAUGCUGAAAAAGAACUUCAAA